GAGCGCAAGCAACACUAAAAAAUUGCGAAUUAAUUUUUGGCAACAGCAUUAGUUGAGUGCUACUUAUAAAAAAUUACAGAUAGUUAUACGUUGUAAGUGUAAAGUGUGUGCAAUUAGUUGAUCGCUGUUUGCGCUGAGCAUCAGCAUAGUGUGUGUGUGCCACAGACACAGCCGUAUAAUCGAAAGCCAUUCAAAGAAACAGCAGUCGUCGCCGUCGCCGGACCCACACUCGUGCACAUUUCGCAGUCGUCGGUGGGACCACGACACGCUAUUUUAGGAAUUAAGCAUAUAAACAAUAAGCAUGUCCCGCUCUGAGUCAGCCUCCUGCACCAGCACCAGAGCCAGCAGCUCGGAGCCGCCGCUAUGCAAACGCCUUAAAUUGGAUGAAGCCGGCGAGGAUGGGGUUGCCGGUGGAGCAGCCGGGGUGCCAGAAGCAUCAUCAAGCAGCACCACCACCACUAGCAGCAGCAGCCAGCAGCGGCGCAAGCUCGCUGCCAGCAGUAGCAGCAGCGGCGUCAGCGACAACGGCAGCAACAACAACUACGAAAAUCACGACAAAGCAAACGACGUUGACAUGUUGAAUGUGACAGAGACAGCUAUAGCUACAGCUGCUGUUGCUGCAAACGAAACAGACGUGUGCGUAUCGUCGUCUACUUCUGACACGGGCGCAGCGAAUACGUCAAAGCAGCCAGCUGCCGGUGGCGGGGACGUUAGUACAUCGUCAGCAGUGAAUAAGGAAAGUAGUAACAAUUGUGCGUUGUCCUCGUCCGCGACAGAAACAAAUUCACUGGAUACGGCAACAAUUGCGCGCACUGUCAGCUCAACAAACUCCAACGUUAGUUCCACCAACAGCAACAACCAACACAGCAGCACCAGCAACAACAACAAUAACAGUAACAACAGUGCAGUUAUGGCUGCCAACAGCAACAGCGCUGCCGGAGCUUCUGCCGCCGCCGCUGGAGACAUUGAUGAGUCGCUUUAUUCGCGCCAACUUUAUGUGCUGGGACACGAUGCGAUGCGUCGCAUGGCCAAUUCGGACAUCUUGUUGUCCGGUUUGGGCGGUCUCGGCCUCGAGAUAGCCAAGAAUGUCAUUUUGGGCGGCGUUAAAUCGAUUACCCUGCAUGACACAGCAGCUUGUACGCUCAACGACUUGGCCUCGCAAUUCUAUCUGACCAAGUCGGACAUUGGCAAGAACCGUGCAGAGGCCUCGUGCGCCCAGCUGGCGGAGCUGAACAGCUAUGUGCGCACCCACUCAUAUAGUGGCGCCCUAACGGAUCAGUUUCUCAGCCAGUUCCGUGUCAUCGUUCUGACCAAUUCGGAUGCCGCCGAGCAGCAGCGCAUCGGCCAGUUUGCCCAUGAGAACAAUAUUGCUCUCAUUAUUGCCGAGACGCGCGGCCUGUUUGCCAAGGUGUUCUGUGACUUUGGCGACAAGUUCACCAUUUACGAUCAGGAUGGCGCCCAGCCGGUGUCAACCAUGAUAGCCAGCAUUACACACGAUGCACAGGGCGUGGUUACCUGCCUGGAUGAGACGCGUCAUGGCUUUAACGAUGGCGACUAUGUCACCUUCUCGGAGGUACAGGGCAUGCACCAGCUGAACGGCUGCCAGCCCAUCAAGAUCAAUGUGCUGGGUCCGUACACCUUUAGCAUUGGUGACACCAGCAAAUAUGAUGAAUAUAAGUCUGGCGGCGUGGCCACACAGGUGAAGAUGCCCAAGACCAUCAGCUUCAAGUCUCUGGCCGAUGCCGAGCAGGAGCCCGAGUUCUUGAUUUCGGAUUUCGCUAAGCUGGAAGCGCCCGCCACACUGCACGUGGCCUUUAAAGCUCUGGACUGCUAUUUGCAAAAUAAUCACGCCGUGCCGCGUCCCUGGAACAACGAGGAUGCCGAUAAGUUUUUGCAGCUGUGCAAGGAAAUCAAGAGCGAUGUCGACGAGCAGCUAGUGCUGAAGUUUGCCAAGAUCUGUUCGGGCAACACCUGCCCGUUGGACGCCGCCAUUGGUGGCAUUGUUGCUCAGGAGGUGCUGAAGGCGUGCAGCGGUAAAUUUUCGCCCAUCUUUCAAUGGUUCUACUAUGAUGCACUCGAGUGUCUGCCGGCCGAGGGUGUUACCGAGGAGGAUGCACAGCCACUGGGCACACGCUACGAUGCACAGAUUGCCAUAUUUGGACGCAAGUUCCAGGAGCAGUUGGCCGAUGCCAAAUGGUUUAUUGUCGGCGCUGGCGCCAUUGGCUGUGAGCUGCUUAAAAACUUUGGCAUGCUUGGACUGGGCGUUGGCAAUGGCCAGAUCUUUGUUACUGACAUGGAUCUCAUUGAGAAAUCAAAUCUGAAUCGUCAGUUUCUGUUCCGUCCGCACGAUGUGCAGAAGCCCAAGGCGUUGACAGCUGCCGAUGCCAUCAAGCGCAUGAAUCCCGAUGUCAAGGUGACGGCAUAUGAGCUGCGCGUGGGCGCCGAAACGGAGAAGGUAUUCUCCGAGGACUUCUUUGGCAAGCUGCAUGGUGUGGCCAAUGCGUUGGACAAUGUCGAUGCCCGCAUCUAUAUGGAUCGCAAAUGCAUCUUUAAUCGCAUACCGCUGGUCGAGACCGGCACCCUGGGCACCAUGGGCAAUGUGCAAGUGAUUGUGCCAUUCGCCACCGAAUCGUACAGCUCCUCACAGGAUCCGCCAGAGAAGAGCAUACCCAUUUGUACGCUUAAGAACUUUCCCAAUGCCAUUGAGCAUACCCUGCAAUGGGCACGCGACUGCUUCGAAGGCGUCUUCAAGCAGAUCGCCGAGAAUGCUGCACAAUACAUCUCCGAUCCGCAGUUCACCGAGCGCAUCCUAAAGCUGCCUGGCAUACAGCCACUGGAGAUACUUGAAUCGAUUAAGAAAGCCCUGAUCGAUGACAAGCCGAAAAGCUUUGCCCACUGCGUGGAAUGGGCGCGUCUCCACUGGGAAGAUCAGUACGCCAAUCAAAUCAAACAGCUGCUCUUCAAUUUCCCACCCGAGCAGGUCACAUCGAGCGGUCAGCCCUUCUGGUCUGGCCCCAAGCGCUGUCCCGAACCGCUUGUUUUCGAUGUGAAUGAACCGAUGCACUUGGACUAUGUCUAUGCGGCGGCCAACUUGCGUGCCGAGGUCUAUGGCAUACCCCAAGUGCGUGAUCGCCAGAAAAUUGCCGAGCUGGUGCAGCAGGUUAAGGUGCCCGAAUUUAAGCCACGUUCUGGCGUUAAGAUUGAGACAAAUGAGGCAGCCGCCGCUGCGGCAGCCAAUAACUUUGAUGAUGGCGAGGUGGAUCAGGAUCGUGUGGAUAAGAUCAUAACAGAGCUGCUGAAGAAUGCUGAUAAGAGCUCGAAGAUAACGCCGCUGGAGUUCGAAAAGGACGAUGAUAACAAUCUGCACAUGGACUUUAUUGUGGCCUGCUCCAAUUUGCGUGCGACCAACUAUAAAAUCCCACCGGCCGAUCGUCAUAAGUCCAAGCUAAUUGCUGGCAAGAUUAUACCGGCCAUAGCCACCACUACCUCGGUGCUGUCCGGCCUGGCUGUGCUGGAGGUGAUCAAACUGAUUGCCGGUCAUCGUGAUUUGCCCAACUUUAAGAAUGCGUUUGCCAAUUUGGCGCUGCCAUUCUUGGCCUUCUCGGAGCCGCUGCCGGCGGCCAAGAACAAAUACUACGACAAGGAAUGGACACUGUGGGAUCGUUUUGAGGUCACCGGCGAGAUGUCGCUGCAGGAGUUCCUUAACUAUUUUGACGAAAGGGAGAAAUUGAAGAUCACAAUGCUGUCGCAGGGCGUCUCAAUGCUCUAUUCAUUCUUCAUGCCCAAGGCCAAGUGCUCGGAGCGUCUGCCCCUGCCCAUGUCCGAGGUGGUGCGACGUGUUUCCAAGCGGCGUAUUGAGCCCUACGAGCGCUCCCUGGUAUUCGAGAUAUGCUGCAACGAUGUCGAUGGCGAGGAUGUGGAGGUGCCCUAUGUGCGUUACACGCUGCCCUAAGCCCCGGUGCAGCCGAUAUGCCACGCCCCCUAAUCUUAAUUGUAACAGUUAAAUUAUUAUUUAAACAAAAGAGAAAAUAACAUUUUUUUUGGUCGUCGCGUUUGGAGUUGUGCGCCUGAAAGUUUACAGAGUGGAGCAGGAUUGCAUUUUAAACAAAAAGAAACAAAAUAGGAAAAGCCAGAAAAUGGCUAAAACAACACACUCUCACCCACAUCUCCCGCACACUCACACACAACACACACACGAACACAACUAAUCGAUAUAGAAAUUAUAUAUUAUAUAUGUAUGUGUAAUCCUAUAAGGAAAUGGCAAAUAUUGAAUUCGCGUUACACGAAAAUACAAAGACUCGACUUAAAAACUAAAAAAAAAAAGGAAAGAGAAAAAAAACGAAACAAUUAAAAAUAAAAUUUUGUGUCUGCU